AUGGCGUCUCUUAGAUUCUUAGGAAAGAACCUCACCUCCAGGAAGAACCUCACCAAAGAAUGGGUCAAACCAAACCCACAUACCAUGGAACAAAUUGAAUAUUCAAACCGCCAGUGCCUGGCCGCACGAAGAACUUCAGAAAGAACCUCACCGCCAGUGCCUGGCCGCAUGAAGAACUUCAGCAAAGUUAACUCAUCAUUUUAA